UGCUUUCUGCAUCCGGUGUAGCUGUGAACAGUAGACUAAGGGCUGGUGGCUUGCAGAAGACAAAAAGAGGGAACCAUUGAUCGGAACCAGAGAACCCAAACUACAGCCUCCUGGAGAUUCUGAGAGCUCAGCGGGACCAACAGGCUGAGCCACAGGCGCAGCAUCAGCAGCACUAGCACGAUGUCACAACCCAUAACCAAUGACACUGUAGCGGUGCUCACGGCCCAUGGCUUCUACUUGCCCCAAACAGAGAAACCUCUCCCGACCAACCCAGUGCAGGAAAGCCUGAAGACGCGGCUGAAGGCAGAGGUCAACGUGUUUGGGGUCAUCCAGAUCCUGUGUGGUGCGAUGGUGUUGAGCUUGGGGAUUAUUUUGGCAGUUGCUCCGGUUUCCCUCUAUUUUACCUCUGGGUUUUCUACACUGAUAAAAUCUGCGUAUCCAUUUGUAGGAGCCCUGUGUUUUAUCAUCUCUGGAUCUCUCUCCAUCGUCGCAGAGAAGAAGUCAGCUAAGCCUCUGGUCCAUGGCAGCCUGGCCUGCAGCAUCCUGAGCACUGCACUUGCUCUGCUGGGUGUCGCUCUGCUCUCUUACACCAUGGCCGCUCUGGAUUCUGCCUUUCAGCAGUGUGUGUCGAGCAGCAUGUCGAGGCCGACAACUGCGUAUCACUUUUACGAUCCACAGGACUACAGGCACGGGUGCUCACUUGCCAAAGCCAGUGUCAUGGGCACCGUGUCUGUGAUGCUGAUCUGCACGGCGCUGGAGCUCUGCUCCGCUGUGCUCACGGCUGUGCUGUGGUGGAAACAGGCUCAGUCUGACUUCCCUGGGAGUGUGCUGUUCCAGCCUGAGAGUUACAAGAAUAAUCCCUACAUAUUCUCAAAGACACACCAGGACCCUGGAUAUGAAGAGCUGGUGACUUCUUCAUAAAAGACAUAGAAAUUAUUCAGAAGCAAGAGGUCUUUAUAGUAAUAGAGAAAACGCACUCUCAAAAGAGGGGAAGUCUGAGGUGCCUAAAGUGAGCAUUAAAGGUCUUGAUGAAUGUG